GCGACAUCAGUGAUGGGCACAGGGACAGAGCCGGUAGAGGUGCAGUGUGACUCGUUGGAUGGGAGGGUCUACCUGGACUACAAUGCCACCACCCCCCUGGCACCCGAGGUGGCCCAGGCCAUGUGGGAUGCCAUGUACCAGGCCUGGGGCAACCCCAGCAGCUCCCACCCUGCAGGCAGGAAGGCGAAGGAGCUCAUCAGCAGUGCACGAGAGAGCCUGGCAAGGAUGCUAGGAGGCCGCCCUGAGGAUAUCAUCUUCACCUCGGGGGGCACAGAGGCAAACAACAUGGUGAUCCACACUGCCUGCAGGCACUUCCAUGACAGCCAGUAUGGGAGGGGGGACAGCCGGGGGACACCACACAUCGUGACAUCUAGUGUAGAGCAUGACUCCAUCCGCCUGCCGCUGGAGCAGCUGGGGAGGGAGGGCCUGGCAGAAGCCACCUUUGUGCCUGUGUCUCCACGGAGUGGGCAGGCAGAAGUGGAUGAUGUCCUGGCCGCCAUCCAGCCAAACACCUGCUUGGUCUCCCUCAUGCUGGCCAAUAAUGAGACCGGGGUCAUCAUGCCCGUCGCAGAGCUGAGCCAGCGCAUCCGUGCUCUCAACCAACGCAGAGCAGCAGAGGGUCUGCCCAGGAUCCUGGUGCACACAGAUGCAGCACAGAUGAUUGGCAAGGGGCGUGUGGACGUGCAGGAGCUGAGUGUGGACUACCUGACCAUCGUGGGACACAAGUUCCACGGCCCACGGAUCGGAGCGCUGUACACCCGCAGCCCCAGCACCGCCACCCCACUGCACCCCAUGCUCUUCGGAGGGGGACAGGAGAGGAGUUUCCGGCCAGGCACUGAGAACACCCCGAUGAUUGCCGGCCUUGGCCAGGCUGCAGAGUUAGUGAGCAAGAACUGGGAGGCAUAUGAGGCUCAUAUGCAAGAUGUCCGGGAUUACCUGGAGGCCACUCUGGAGGCCUCCUUCGGAAAGCAGAGGAUUCACUUCAACAGUCACUUUAAGGGCUCCAAGCGACUCUGCAAUACCUGUAACUUCUCCAUCUUGGGCCCAGGCCUUCAAGGACGAAGGGUGUUGGCUCACUGCAAGGUGCUCCUGGCCAGCGUCGGGGCUGCCUGCCACUCUGAGAAGGGGGAUCGGCCCUCCCCAGUGCUGCUGAGCUGCGGGAUUCCCCCAGAGGUGGCACAGAAUGCGCUGCGGCUGACCGUGGGGCGUGGCACCACACGGGCAGAUGUGGACAGGGCUGUGCAGGACCUCAUGCAGGCUGUGGAGCAGCUGGAGAGGGACCAGGCCUCAUAAACGCCUGAAUUGCUCCAUGGACACCACUCAGGUUCUUGAGGGGCAGAGCUCCUGU